AUGGCAUCCAAGUUUCUUAAGCGUCUCCGUCCUUCCACACUUAAAGAUCAAAGGGGCCCUGGACCACCUGAGGAACCGCCAGAGACUGCAGAAUUAGUGGAUGAUCCGGACAUGGCAGUACGGCUGAGUGGAACCCUUAGUUUGAGUGAAGACAGCCUUGGUUCUGAGGAGAGCGAUGGAACAGAAGGUAGAUUGCUGGAGGAGCCGAAUGCCCGUCCUCUUUUGACACAACAACUGAGAGAGAUGUGGGCAAAUACUCAAGAUCACAGUGUGCCCAUCAGGUUGACGUUCGAGGUGACCGAGGCUAAUAUUGUGCGUGACAUACAUGCCAAGUAUGUGAUGUACACCAUUUACCUUGUACACUCGGGACAAUAUGAUCCUUCACCUGCCUUUAUCACCUGUCGAUACUCGGAUCUGGAGCGGCUGAGGAAAAGCUUGCGCUCUCGUUAUCCUGAAGAAAUGAACAAUGUGUCUUUUCCUCGUAAGCGUCUGCAUAAGAACUUCACAGCGGAAACCAUUGCAAAACGCAGCCGUGCCUUUGAGCAGUUCCUCUGCCACGUGUCUUCCCUACCCACUCUACGAUACUCUCCACAGUUCCUGGGAUUCUUCUACUUGAGUGACAUGCAGAAGGCCCAGCAAUUUACAUGUACAGGAUUAUAUAAUCUAGCACUCCCGAAAUGGACAAAUUGUUGGCGCCUCCAUGAAAAGCUUUGUCCAACGUGGGCGUCUACCCACCGACUGACUGUGCUCGCUGGGCUGGUGGUGUGCCACCAGGAGCUGGAUGCACUGGCUGAUGCACAGGCAUACAGUGAACAGGCAGUAGCUCUUCAACAGGAUUCACAAGAGCAAAACAUGACUUUCCUUAUUGCGUUCCUCCAGGCCCACAUCCAGUUGUCUUGGAGAGUGGGGAGA